GAGAGGCAACACGUAUCGUAAAUAUGAUAAAAAAGUGACUUCCGUACAAGGAAACAUUUUUAUCAAGAACAAGAUGAAGCUUCUCGUAACCUUUGUCGUUCUUCUCGUCGCCCAGACCUCGAGAGGUCAAGCAGCUCCCGCCGAAGUAACCGAAGUGAAAUUGGCAUACUUUAUCGCAGCUUUGAACAUGACUCUUCUUAAUACAGCUCGGUUUGCUAUCAUGGACGUGGACGCGGUCACAUACAAGGCUCAUCUUUUUUCCACCUCCAGCUACCCCAAACUCGAGAAAAGCAUCCACACCAUGCUCGAGACCGUGGAGGAGGACGCGAAGAAAAGAAGUGGCGAGUUGUCCGAGAGCUAUAACGCCACGAUGCGAAACAUGACAAAGCUUGCCGACAAUAUGCUGCACGACAUGCGACUCGUCAGGAAUUCUACGCUCCUCGAAAUUCAAAAAAUUUCUGAAGAAUUUGCCUCCACUUUGAAAGAAAAUCUGGGCGUGAUGGAUCAAGUUGCGGAAUACUUGGAAAACUGCGAGGCUCUGGAGAAUUGUCGGGCUCGGGCGGAACUCAAGGUUCAAAAAGCUUCGGAUAGCAUCUCAUACUCCGGGUAUUUAACGGUGGGUCGGAUUCGGGACAAACUCGCAAACUCGGAAACAGACUAGGGGAUUCAACACCGGUUUUUCAAAACCGGAAAAACCGGAGAAAACCCGGUUUUCGGUCAAACCGAAAACCGGUUUUACAAAUUCUAAAAACCGAAUUUUCGCCAAAAUUUAAAAUUUUUCAACGUCAAAACGUUUAGUUUUCGAUUUUGACGCUUUUUAAACAGAAUUGAUAACAUUCAUGCUUAAAAAUAAGGCCUGUAACUAUUUUGAAAAACUAUUUGACAA